AUGAACCCUGAAUUGCAGUACUACUAAUAGCAAUAGCAAUUAGUUGAUUAGAAUAUGGACGAUGGAGCAUAAAAUUAAGUUUUUUCUUACCAGGCUCCAUGGAUAAUUUAUGCCUUAGGAUUUUCAAAUAGACCUGGGUACAAUUACCGUAUUGGUAUUGGUAGUUUCCUAGAAGAUGUUGACAACUAGAUUGAAAUCAUUUAGUUGAAUGAAGAGAAGUAAAUGUUUGAAAAAAAAUGCAGCUUUGAACAUACCUAUCCUCCCACAAAACUUAUAUGGAUUCCUGAUAUUAAUGGAGAAUAUUCUGAUAUUCUUGCUACAUCUGGAGAAUAUUUAAAAAUUUGGGAAGUUAAAAACAAUGAAACUGUUGUUUCAAAAUGCGACUUAAUAAAUUCAAAUGAAUUUUCGGCUCCUUUGACCUCUUUCGAUUGGAAUAUUAAAAACCAAAAUUUAAUUGGUACAGCAUCAAUUGAUACUACUUGUACAAUUUGGGAUAUAGAAAAGGAAACUGUUUUCACCUAGUUAAUUGCACACGAUAAAGAAGUAUAUGAUAUCAGUUUUUCUCCUGAUAAAAAUUUGUUUGCUUCAGUUGGAGCUGAUGGAAGUGCUCGUUAGUUCGAUUUAAGAAACUUAGAACAUUCAACUGUUCUCUAUGAAACAGAAAAUAAUAUACCUCUUUUAAAAUUAGCUUGGAAUAGAAACGAUUAACAUUAUGUAGCUGUUAUUGAAAUGGAUUAAAGUCAUGUUACAUUGUUAGACACAAGACAACCAUUAACUCCUGUUUGUAAGUUCAAUAAUCAUAAGGAUUGUGUAAAUGCUCUUGCAUGGGCUCCUUAAUCUAGCUCACACAUUUGUACAGUUGGUGACGAUUGCCAAUCAUUAAUUUGGGAUUUAAGUGAACUACGUCCAGAAAUAACAGAUCCACUAUUAGAAUACAAAGCAGAUGGAGAAAUAGCAAAUCUUUCUUGGUCUCUGCUUCAAAAUGAGUGGCUUGCUAUUUGCUUCUAAAAUAACUUACAAAUAUUGAAGGUUUGA